UUAAGUGACACUAACAGUAACAGUAACAGUCCAGAUUUUUAGGUUAUGUCUUAUGAUUACAAAAUUGUAUCAUUUGAAUCGAAAUAAAAAAAUACGUUUUAUGAAAUAAUAAACGCUCAUCAAUCACUUAACUAAAGUAAACUUUAGUUUCUCAAAAAUGGCAUCGCUUAAAAAAGUUUUACUACCUACGCAGGCAUCGUUUUUGAUCGCCAAACGAUUCCGUGGGAAGAUUAAUAUACAAAGGCCAAAGAAACCUCACUUUGAAAGACAGCUUCUGAUAGACUUGGCAAAACCUAAAUACGGCACUCCGAAAUACCUUCUUCCGGAUACAGUGCUUUGUGACAGAGGAGAAAAAAGGUACGCAAGAGAGAUAGACAACCCUUUUGAAAGAAUAUUAGCAAAUGAGUGUCUCAACUGGUUUAACACAUCCAAGAUGGUUAUCUUUUUGCAUGUAAAUGCAAUAAGUAUGGAAGAUAAAAUGCCAGUGUUUGCUGCGCUAAACAAGAACAAUAUGCAUUUAAGAACUUACGGUAAGAAGAUUGUUAGCAUGGCCACCACAGGGACACGGUAUGAGGCAGUCAAUCACUUGUUUACUUCGCACCAAAAUAUUAUUUUUGGACAACCUGAGAAUGUAGCUAAGAUGUUCAAGAUUAUGAAGAAAGCACCUCAAUUAGUCAUUAUGGCCGGAAUCAUUCAAGACAGAUUGAUGUCAAAGAAUGAGUUGUUAGAAUACAGUCAGAUGCAGAACAUCGAUGUGGCGAGGAGUCAGCUAUGUGCUGUACUUGAUAGUGCUGGUUCUUGCCUUGUUAGACAGCUGACUCAAGGCCAGCAGGCCCUGGUAGGCCAUCUAGAAAAGCAUGUUGAGCUCCAAAGUACCUCAAGCAAGGAACCUCAAGAAAGUACCAAAGUAGAAUCGGAAAGUGCUAAGGCAGAGCCCGAAAGUACAUCAUAAUUGUUAUCAAUAAUGUAAAGUUAUUUAUUAGUAUAAGAUAUAGAAGGGUU